AUGGACAACGGCGGGGCGCCGAACGGGGCCGAAGGCGCCGGGUUCUACGACGAGCUGGCGGGCGCCGGCGGGGCGUUCAAGUUCUACGUGGACGGCGCGUGGCGGGAGUCAUCCUCCGGGAAGCACGUGUCGAUCGGCAACCCCACGACACAGAGCAUCGCCUUCCGGGUGCAAGCCUGCACCCCCGGCGAGGUGGACGCCGUGUUCGAGGCCGCCAGGGCGGCGCAGAGGGGCUGGGCGCGCACGGCGCUGUGGAGGCGCGCCGAGGCGCUGCACGCGGCAGCCCGGCUCAUGCGGGAACACCCGCGGCCGAUAACCGACGCGCUGGUGACGGAGGUGGCCAAGCCGCGGCGGGACAGCGCGACGGAGGUGGUGAGAUCGGCCGACCUGAUCGACUACACGGCGGAGGAGGGCGUGCGGUAUCUGGGCGAGGGCAAACUCCUGGCGUCGGACUCGUUCCGCGGCAACGAGAGGAACAAGCUGUGCCUGGAGGCGCGGGUCCCACUGGGGGUGGUCCUGUGCAUCCCGCCCUUUAACUACCCUGUCAAUCUGGCAGUGUCCAAGAUCGCCCCAGCCCUCAUGGCAGGCAACACCGUUGUCCUGAAGCCACCCACGCAGGGAUCUGUGGCAGCGAUCCACAUGGUCAACUGCUUCCACAG